UUUUCGCUUUCCACAGCCCAUCACUGACCGUCGCACACGGUUGACACCUGGUGUGUCGCCGUCUCCCAAAGUCAACAUAGAGCGUCUCACGAAUCCCAAAAUACGACACCCGACUCUAUACCUCACGAUGUCCGCCAAUGCAGCGCCGCCCGGCGCGGGCACAGAUGUGGCGCUUCUCUCAACCUUUCAGAAACACAUCGAGGACAUGCGGAGUCUGUCACUCUGUAAAAUCUGCAUCAAGCCAUUCUACGAACCCUUCAUCCUGGGCUGCGGCCACACGUACUGCUAUUCAUGUCUAGCUAGCUGGUUUGGUGGCGCGCAAACCCGAAAAAAGAAUAAGAACUGUCCAGACUGCAGAGCCGAAGUGACGAUACAACCCUCACCAAAUUUCCUUCUGCGAGAUCUAGUUCAUAUGUUUAUUGGUCGGGCAGAACUGCUUCCAGAAGAUGAGACUGUCCACGAACACCAACAAGCCAGAGAAGAUGAGGCUGUGCUUCUUGCAGCAGAUCGGGCAGGGCCUGGCUUGUUCAAAGGGGUUUUCAAGCGCCCACACCCUGCACAUGUAUUCUUUCCUUGGGCUCGCGGUAUAUUGGACCACGAGGAUAAUGUCAUGCGGUGCCCGGAAUGUCACUGGGAGUUGGAAGAUGGACAGUGUCUGCAAUGUGGCUUCCACGAAUACGAGCCUGGCGAUAGCGACUUUGACUCUUUUGAUGGUUCGGGUGGUACACCUCACACUGUUGACGACGAGUUUGACGACGAUGGAGACGAACUUGAUUACGAGUUCGAUGUCCCUAUAGGCGCUCUUCAUCCAGGCUACGACUCGGCAGCCACUGAUACCAGCGGCACCGACUAUGGUGAAGAUUACGAUGAGGAGGACGAUAUGGAUGGCUUCAUUGAGCGAGAUGAUGAGCCAAUCAAUGAUGAUGCCAGGAGUGUGUCUACAAUCACGCUCCGUCGUCUGGAUCGUGAAAGCAGGAGCAGAGACUACUCGUCAGCAGCCGAGUCCGACGACUAUUCUGAACACGCCGCAGAUAAUCGUUACGCCGGAACUCAGCCUGAGGGGAGUGACAAUGAAAACUAUUCAGAUGGCGCAGACGACCAGGCUGAGGUGCAUACGAAUUAUGAUGAGACGACGGAGGCAUCAGAAAACGAAGACGCAAACACUUUUCAGCCAACUAGCCGGUAUAGAGGUCGGAUCAGGAGGAUAAUCAUCAGCGAUGAUGAAGAUGAAGAGGAUAGCAGCGAGGAGAUCGAAAGAAUGCUCAUGGGGCGGGCGACAGAUGGGACAGGAGGCGGCCAUGAAGUGGACGAGGAUGAAGACGAAAUGCUAGACGAAGAAGGAGGCGACAGCGACGCGUCAGGGUCUGACGAAUCAGACAUUCGACCUCCCCAUUCAGCUGCACGGCGAAUGCAGCAUCUACACAGUCAAAGAGCCAGACGCAAUAAUUUCGGACCCUAUGCGCCUCACCAAACUCACCGACCAUCGUCCUAUGGUUCUCGAACCAAUCCGUCGAGACAGCAGUCGGCGGAUAGAUACGACAGACCGUCACAUGGGAGGCGGAUACCCGUUGGUGGUGGGAACCGACAUUUCUAGAUGAUAGAAGCACUUCGCUGAGGGAUCGCUUCAGUGACUAAGCGCUGAGCAUGGCUUCAAAGAGAAGCACGCGUGUGCUUGACGGCGGCGGGUCCUCAGGUGGAGGAAUUUCACCAGAACGAGAGAUACGGAAUGUAUCACCACGAAUGAUACCC